GAACGCCGCUUGGACAGGAAACUUUCCGCCGAAAGGCCGGGUACUUGUGGGCAGAGCACGCAGGAACCGGAAGUCAGUGGGGGAAGAUGGAACUGUGGGACCUAGCUAAUUUGAUUUGGAGAAUGAACGUUUCUAGGGUCCUCGUGGCUGGAGGGAGGUGGAGAUUUUUCCCGGUAUCAUUAAGGUCGUCCUUGUUCCAGGCCCUACAUAAUUCCUGCCGGAAAAAAUCCACUGCACCCAAGAAAAUUAUUCCCAACAUUGCUGUGUAUGACAAAAAUACAAAGGAGUCUGGAAAUGCACUUGACAAACUCUUCUCUUCGGAACAGCAGGCUUCCAUCUUGCACGUAUUGAAUACAGCAUCUAAUAAAGAACUUGAAGCUUUCAAAUUGCUUCGUGGAAGGAAGUCCAUCAAUAUUGUAGAGCACAGAGAAAAAUAUGGGCCAUUUCAGAAUUUGGAGAGUUUAAUGAAUGUGCCCUUGUUCCAGUAUAAAACUAUUGUUCAAGUUUGUAACUCCAUCCUUUGUCCAGAGACUGGAGUGAAAAAAAGAAAGUCACAGGAAAACCGGCUACUGAAAAAGCUUAUCAAACCAGAAAUAGAAAGAGAGAGACUUAAGGCAGUAAAUAGUAUCGUAUCCAUUGUUUUUGGUACUCGAAGAAUUGCCUGGGCUCACCUUGACCAUAAAUUGGCAGUGCUAGACUGGCAGCAAAGUGAAUGCUUCCAGCUGAUGAAAGGAACAUACAUAUCAUCUGUCUAUUUAGAAGAGAUUUCUUCAGUCAUUUCAAAGAUUCCUAAAGCUGACCUCUAUGUUCUGGAAAAAACAGGACUUUCAGUUCAGAACUCAACCCUGUUUCCUGUACUGUUACAUUUGCAUAUCAUAGAAGCCAUGCUGUAUGCCUUACUGAAUACACCUUUUGCCCAGGGGGGCCAGCAUCAGGUCCUGAGCAUGAACCGCAGUGCAGUGGGGAAGCACUUUGAACUGAUGGUUGGGGACACGCGGACUAGUGGGAAAGAUCUGGUGAAGCAGCUCCUCUUGGACUCUGUACUGAAGGAGGAGCCUCGGGUAUUCUUCCCGGCAGACAAGAUAGUGCACUACCGACAGAUGUUCUCAUCCACUGAGCACUACAGAAUAGAAGAGUUGUAUGACUCAUUACUACAGGCUGUCGCCUUCUAUGAAUUAGUAGUAUUUGCCCCUGAACCUUAAAAGUCUGAUAAUUAAUAUAUAAUCUGUUCUACUGUUAUUAUUUAUUAGCUUUAAAGCUAUAAAAACCAACUGUUUUGCCAUCUGUGUU